CCGGCGCCCCCGUGGCCUCUUGCUUUGGUGAUGAAACUGGUAGUAAACCAGUGGCAGUGAUGAGGUCAUUGGCCUGGGGAAGAGGAAAGCCUACCGGUCCGGCCUAACCUUUUUCCCACCAACUCAGCCUCUCUAGAAGACCUUCCCCGAUCCAGUCAAGUGCCUAUAAAAUCCAGGCCCCCUCUGCACCCACCCUUGGCUCUCGCAGCACCGUAGCAGCAGCAGCAGCAGCAACAACCUCCACUGCCGCAGCCCACCGAGAGGGGAGGGGAAGAAAGCGGCGGCAAAAGCACCGGGAAAAGCAGCAAGCAACAUCGGCGGCCUGGUUUGGUUUUGGUUUUGGUUUUGGUACGGUUUUCCUCUGGCCGCCAUGGGGAGGUCGCCGUGCUGCGAGAAGGCGCACACCAACAAGGGCGCGUGGACGAAGGAAGAGGACGACCGGCUCGUCGCGUACAUCAAGGCGCACGGCGAGGGGUGCUGGCGCUCGCUGCCCAAGGCCGCCGGCCUGCUCCGCUGCGGCAAGAGCUGCCGCCUACGGUGGAUCAACUACCUCCGGCCCGACCUCAAGCGCGGCAACUUCACGGAGGAGGAGGACGAGCUCAUCAUCAAGCUCCACAGCCUCCUCGGCAACAAAUGGUCCCUGAUCGCCGGGAGGCUGCCGGGAAGGACGGACAACGAGAUCAAGAACUACUGGAACACGCACAUCCGGAGGAAGCUGCUGAGCCGGGGGAUCGACCCGGUGACCCACCGGCCGAUCAACGAGCACGCGUCCAACAUAACCAUAUCGUUCGAGGCGGCGGCGGCGGCGGCCACUGCACGUGAGGAGAAGGGCGCCGUGUUCCGGCUGGAGGAGCCGAAGGCCGCGGCGAUCGGCCGCGACCAGAACGCCGCCGACUGGGGCCAGGGCAAGCCGCUCAAGUGCCCCGACCUGAACCUGGACCUCUGCAUCAGCCCCCCGUGCCAGGAGCCCAUGAUGAAGCCGGUGAAGCGGGAGGCCGGGCUCUGCUUCAGCUGCAGCCUGGGGCUCCCCAAGAGCGCGGACUGCAAGUGCAGCAACUUCCUGGGGCUCCGGACCGCCAUGCUCGACUUCAGAAGCCUCGAGAUGAAAUGAAAUGAAAUGAGUUGGUUUUUGUCACCCUCGAUAUUUGGUUAGCUCGUAGGUGCAAAUAGUAGCCGAGUGAAAAGAGAGAUAAGAAGAAAGAAAGUGAAGAUUUGUGCCCAGGAUCUUCCCUGCUCUCUUUGUUGCUCCGUUUUGUCUCUCUGCUGUAAUUACCAUCACCCCUCAACUGAUCAUAUCAUGGGCAAUAAUAUCUGCUGCUAGCGUAGGUCUCUGUAACUUGACAA